AUGGGGGAUCAGCAACUAUACAAGACCAAUCACGUGGCCCACAGCGGUGAGAACCUUUUCUACCAACAGCCACCACUUGGCAUCCACGGCGGGCUGAACCACAACUAUGGGAAUACAGUCGCCGGGGCUGGAAUGGAUGCCCCUCAGGCAUCGCCCAUCUCCCCCCACUUCCCUCAAGAUACUCGGGAUGGUCUAGGCUUGCCUGUUGGUUCCAAAAACCUUGGCCAAGUAGAUACCUCGAGGCAGGGAGGGUGGGGAAGUCAUACAGGACCCGGAAACCACGUCCAGCUCCGUGGCGGCCUGACCAACUCAAACAUGAUGUGGGGGACACCGGCCCAGGCUGAGGCCACCGAUGGCUACCAAUAUACCUACUCCCAGGCCAGCGAGAUCCGGACCCAGAAACUCACCAGCGGUGUCCUGCACAAGCUAGACUCCUUCACCCAGGUGUUCGCCAACCAGAACCUGCGAAUUCAGGUCAACAAUAUGGCCCAGGUGCUGCACACCCAGUCGGCAGUGAUGGACGGAGCCCCUGACAGUGCCCUCCGCCAGUUGCUGGCCCAGAAACCCGUGGAGCCCCCAGUACCGGCUAUUUCUUCUCGCUACCAGCAGGUGCCCCAGCAGGCUCACCCUGGUUUCGCUGGCGGGCUGUCUAAAUCAACUCUCCAGGUAGGGCCGCACCCUAGCCAAGGGCAUCUGUAUUAUGACUACCAGCAGCCACUGGCGCAGAUGCCAGUGCAAGGCGGACAGCCACUGCAGGCCCCACAGAUGCUGUCCCAGCACGUGCCACAGAUGCAACAGCACCAGUAUUACCCGCAGCCGCAACAGCAGCAAGCCGGGCAGCAGCAGAUGGCCAUGCAAGAAAUGCAGCAGCAGCAGCAGCAGCAACAGCAGCAGCAGAUUCGCCCAGCACAGCCUCAGCAGCCGCAGCAGCAGCUGCAGCUACAGCAGCGGCAGGGUUCCAUGCAGAUACCUCAGUAUUACCCAUCCCAGCCCGUGAUGCAGCACUUGCAAGAGCAGCAGCAGCAGCAGCAGCAGAUGCACCUACAGCCCCCUUCUUAUCACAGGGACCCCCACCCGUACGCCCCAGAGCAGGCGCACGCCGUCCAGCUGAUUCAGCUGGGCUCCAUGCCCCAGUACUACUACCAGGAGCCCCAGCAGCCCUACAGCCACCCCCUCUGCCCACAGAGCCACCUGCCCCAGCACCAGCAGCGCGAGGACGGUCAGCCCAAGACUUACCCAAGCGACAGGCAGGCCCCGGCCAUGCUGAGCUCCCACGGCGACCUGGGGCCUCCUGAGGCAGGAAUGGGAGACCCGGCCAGCUCGGACCUGAGCCGGCUCAGCAGUGCCCUCCCUCAUCGGCCACUCCUGUCCCCCGGCGGGAUCCACCUCAACAACAUGGGGCCUCAGCACCAGCAGCUGUCUCCCAGUGCCCUGUGGCCUCAGAUGCAUCUACCUGAUGGCAGAGCCCAGCCAGGGUCCCCCGAGUCAAGUGGCCAACCAAAAGGAGUGUUUGGGGAGCAGUUUGAUGCCAAGAACAAAUUGACGUGCUCCAUCUGCCUGAAGGAAUUCAAGAGCCUGCCUGCCCUGAAUGGCCACAUGCGGUCCCACGGGGGAAUGAGAGCCUCCCCCAGCCUCAAACAGGAGGAAGGAGAGAAGGCCCUGCCGCCUCAGCCCCAGCCGCCACUGCCUCCGCCUCCGCCGCCACCGCAGCUCCCUCCCGAGGCAGAAAGCCUCACGCCUAUGGUCAUGCCCGUGUCUGUCCCUGUCAAGCUUCUCCCGCCCAAGCCAGGCUCUCAGGGCUUCGCCAACAGCAUCGUUGCCGCCCCCUCCACCAGAGACAAGCCAGCCAGCUCGAUGUCGGACGACGAGAUGCCCGUGCUCGUGAGGAUGACCCUUUCUCCCCCACACUCACCCCAAGGGGCUGCCCCCCACCCGCCUGCUGAAAUUCCCAAGAAGCAUCAGCCGGCCCCGGCCAAAGCCGAGGAACCCCUCAGGACGUUGCCGGAGAAGAAGAAGUUCCGGCACCGGCCCGAGCCGCUCUUCAUCCCGCCACCGCCCUCCUACCCCGCCAACCCCGCCGCCGCCUCCUACUCGGGCGCCACCCUCUACCAGAGCCAGCUGCGCUCCCCGCGCGUCCUCGGGGAGCACCUGCUCCUGGACCCCGCCCACGAGCUGCCCCCCUACACGCCCCCGCCCAUGCUGAGCCCGGUGCGCCAGGGCUCGGGGCUCUUCAGCAACGUCCUCAUCUCGGGCCACGGCCCCGGCGCCCACCCUCAGCUGCCCCUCACGCCCCUGACGCCCACGCCGCGGGUGCUGCUGUGCCGCUCCAACAGCAUUGAUGGCAGCAACGUGACAGUCACCCCAGGGCCUGGAGAGCAGACCAUUGAUGUUGAACCACGCAUCAACAUUGGCUUGAGGUUCCAAGCAGAGAUCCCAGAACUUCAGGAUGUCUCCGCCUUGGCCCGGGACACACACAAGGCCACACUGGUAUGGAAGCCCUGGCCAGAGCUGGAAAACCAUGACCUCCAGCAAAGAGUGGAGAAUCUCCUGAAUUUAUGCUGUUCGAGUGCGUUGCCUGGUGGAGGGACCAAUUCUGAAUUUGCUUUGCACUCUCUCUUCGAGGCCAAAGGUGAUGUGAUGGCUGCUCUGGAAAUGCUGCUGCUGCGGAAGCCAGUCAGGUUAAAAUGUCAUCCUUUAGCAAAUUACCACUAUGCCGGCUCAGACAAGUGGACCUCCCUAGAAAGAAAACUGUUUAACAAAGCACUAGCCACUUACAGCAAAGACUUUAUUUUUGUACAGAAGAUGGUGAAGUCUAAGACGGUGGCUCAGUGUGUGGAAUACUACUACACGUGGAAAAAGAUAAUGCGCUUGGGGCGGAAACACCGGACACGCCUCGCAGAAAUCGAUGAUUCUGUGACGAGUGAAGAAGAAGAGGAGUUAGAGGAAGAGGAGGAGGACCCAGAAGAAGAUAGGAAAUCCACGAGAGAAGAGGAGAGUGAAGUGCCCAAGUCUCCCGAGCCCCCCCCAGGCCCCGUGCUGGCUCCCGCGGAGGGGCCACCCCUGCAGGCCCUCGGCCAGCCCUCCGGCUCCUUCAUCUGUGAGAUGCCCAACUGCGGGGCCGUGUUCAGCUCCCGACAGGCACUGAACGGCCACGCCCGUAUCCACGGUGGCACCAACCAGGUGACCAAAGCUCGGGGUGCCAUCCCCUCUGGAAAGCAGAAGCCUGGCAGCGCUCAGAGUGGAUACUGCUCAGUGAAGAGCUCACCCUCUCACAGCACCACCAGUGGCGAGACAGACCCCACGACUAUCUUCCCCUGCAAGGAGUGUGGCAAAGUCUUCUUCAAGAUCAAAAGCCGAAAUGCGCACAUGAAAACGCACAGGCAGCAGGAGGAACAGCAGAGGCAAAAGGCUCAGAAAGCAGCUUUUGCUGCUGAAAUGGCGGCCACGAUCGAGAGGACUACGGGGCCCGCGGGGGCCCCGGGGCUGCUGCCCCUGGACCAGCUGAGCCUGAUCAAACCCAUCAAGGAUGUGGACAUCCUCGAUGGCGACGUUGUCCAGCAGUUGGGAGGCGUCAUGGAAGAGGCCGAGGUCGUGGACACGGAUCUCCUCUUGGACGACCAAGAUUCGGUUUUGCUUCAGGGUGAUGCAGAACUAUAA